GUUGCCCUCGGGCUGAGUUCGCCGGCGCUCGAUGCGAGUUUGAGCCAGUCGCGCUGCCGUAGGGACGCGGUGGCUGUUGGUCUCGGUGAAGAUGGCGUCCUCCGGCCGGGUGGGCUGAGCGGCCGGGGAGCGGGGACUGGAGGCGGCCGCGCCGCCCGCUUCUAACCUCACCGUCGGCGGCGGAGACCGGCAGCUCCCCCGCCCCUCCUCCCUGCCCGACCUUUAGCCGGAGCCGUUCUCCCCUCCCUCCACCCCCUGCCGGGGGGGGGGGGGUCUCCGGCGGCAGCCAGCGGGGCCGGGCCGGGCCGGCGGCGGCGGCGGCAGCAGCAUGGCCGGGGCCAGCCUGCUGGAGGAGCUGCUGGAGGAGGAGUCGGCCGACAUGACCGACUGGAACCUGCCCGUGGCCUUCAUGAAGAAGCGGCACUCGGAGAAAAUCGAGGGCUCCAAGGCGGUCACGCAGAGCUGGCGCAUGAAGGACCGGAUGAAAACUGUCAGUGUUGCCUUAGUUCUUUGCCUGAAUGUUGGCGUGGAUCCCCCUGAUGUUGUGAAAACUACUCCCUGUGCUCGCUUGGAAUGUUGGAUAGAUCCGCUAUCAAUGAGCCCUCAAAAAGCUUUGGAAAGCAUUGGCGCCAACCUACAGAAACAGUAUGAAAAUUGGCAGCCAAGGGCCAGAUACAAGCAGAGCUUGGAUCCAACAGUGGAUGAAGUUAAGAAACUCUGCACCUCCCUUAGACGUAAUGCAAAGGAAGAAAGAGUGCUUUUCCAUUAUAACGGACAUGGAGUGCCAAGACCAACUGUAAAUGGUGAAAUCUGGGUAUUUAAUAAGAACUAUACCCAAUAUAUUCCCCUCUCCAUUUAUGAUCUUCAAACUUGGAUGGGCAGUCCUUCUAUAUUUGUGUAUGACUGCUCAAAUGCUGGGAUCAUAGUGAAGUCGUUUAAGCAGUUUGCAUUACAGAGAGAACAAGAGUUAGAGGUUGCUGCUAUCAAUCCAAAUCAUCCACUGGCACAGAUGCCAUUGCCGCCAUCAAUGAAGAACUGCAUCCAACUGGCUGCCUGUGAGGCCACUGAGCUUCUACCGAUGAAUCCAGAUUUACCUGCAGACCUUUUCACUUCAUGCCUUACCACACCUAUCAAAAUAGCAUUGCGCUGGUUCUGCAUGCAAAGGAGUGCCAAACUGGUGCCUGGUGUUACACUGGACUUGAUAGAAAAAAUUCCGGGAAGACUGAAUGAUAGGCGAACACCUCUUGGAGAACUCAAUUGGAUUUUUACAGCCAUAACAGACACUAUAGCAUGGAAUGUAUUACCUAGAGAUCUCUUCCAAAAAUUAUUUAGACAGGACCUGCUGGUUGCCAGUUUAUUCCGCAAUUUUCUUUUAGCUGAGAGGAUCAUGAGGUCGUACAACUGUACCCCUGUCAGUAGUCCUCGUCUGCCUCCAACGUACAUGCAUGCUAUGUGGCAAGCUUGGGAUCUCGCAGUGGAUAUUUGCCUUUCCCAACUUCCCACCAUUAUAGAAGAGGGAACUGCUUUCAGGCACAGUCCAUUUUUUGCCGAGCAGCUGACAGCAUUCCAGGUGUGGCUGACAAUGGGUGUUGAGAACAGGAAUCCUCCAGAGCAGUUGCCAAUUGUUCUACAGGUGUUGCUUAGCCAAGUCCAUCGUCUGCGAGCACUGGAUUUACUGGGAAGGUUUUUGGACUUAGGUCCCUGGGCCGUGAGUCUAGCAUUAUCCGUCGGUAUUUUUCCAUAUGUUUUGAAACUACUUCAGAGUUCAGCCCGGGAAUUGAGGCCUCUUCUUGUUUUCAUCUGGGCCAAGAUCUUGGCUGUGGAUAGCUCUUGCCAAGCUGAUCUGGUAAAAGACAAUGGUCACAAGUACUUCCUCUCUGUUCUGGCAGACCCAUAUAUGCCGGCUGAGCACAGAACAAUGGCAGCUUUUAUUUUAGCCGUAAUUGUCAAUAGCUAUAAUACGGGACAGGAAGCCUGUUUACAAGGUAAUCUGAUUGCCAUCUGCCUGGAGCAGUUGAAUGAUCCUCAUCCUCUACUGCGGCAGUGGGUGGCCAUUUGCUUGGGUCGUAUCUGGCAGAACUUUGACGCUGCUCGCUGGUGUGGCGUAAGAGACAUUGCACAUGAGAAAUUGUACAGUCUUCUCUCAGAUCCAAUACCCGAGGUGCGAUGUUCUGCUGUCUUUGCCUUGGGCACAUUCGUGGGUAACUCAGCAGAGAGAACUGACCAUUCCACAACAAUUGAUCACAAUGUAGCUAUGAUGUUAGCCCAGUUAAUAAAUGAUGGAAGUCCUGUCGUUAGGAAGGAAUUGGUUGUGGCAUUCAGUCAUCUUGUCGUUCAGUAUGAAAGCAAUUUCUGCACGGUGGCAUUGCAGUUCAUGGAAGAAGAGAAGAACUACCCACUUCCCUCCCCCGCUAGUGUAAUAGAACCUGGGAACUUCACACAGUACGUAUGGCCAGCUGUCCCGAGACUUCGUACCGUGAGUUCCUAUGGGAAUAUCCGUGCAGCCACUUCAGUUCGGAACUUGAACAAGUCUCUCCAAAAUCUUAAUUUAAACGAAGAAAGUAACUGGCGUUCAAACCCCUUCUCCCCUGGGUAUCUAAGCACCAGCAGUAGUGCCAGCAGUACCCUAGGAAGCCCUGACAAUGACGAGUACAUCCUUUCAUUUGAAACUAUAGAUAAAAUGAGGAGAGUCAGUUCCUACAGCUCCUUGAACUCAUUGAUAGGCGUGUCAUUUAACAGUGUCUACACUCAGAUUUGGCGUGUUCUGCUUCACCUGGCAGCGGAUCCUUUCCCAGAAGUCUCUGACCUUGCUAUGAAGGUGCUCAACAACACUGCUUAUAAGGCUACAGUUAAUGCCCGACCACAGCGCAUCCUGGACUCCACAAACCUUACACAGUCAGCACCAGCCAGCCCUACCAGUAAGGGAGCACACAUUCAUCAAGUUGGGGGUUCACCUCCCAUACCCAGCACAAGUAGUUCAAGCCUAACCAAUGAUGUGAGUAAACAGGCAGGACCCAGAGAUAUCUCAUCAUCAUCAAGGCAAGGAAUUGUUCCCACCGUAGGUGUGCCAUACACUCCACAUUCUCACCAGUUUUCCAGAACACGAAAAAUGUUUGAUAAGGGGCCAGAUCAGACUGUUGAAGAUUCAGAGGAUGGGGUUGGACACAAAAGUUUCAUAUCCACAACUAUGCAAACGGGGUUCUGUGAUUGGAGCGCAAAAUAUUUCGCACAACCAGUGAUGAAGAUUCCUGAAGAGCAUGAUGUCGAGAGCCUGGUUCGCAAGGAGCGAGAAUGGAGAUUCUUGCGUAACGGGUUGGUUAGAAAACGUGCAGCAGUGAUCAUGGAAAAGGGUAUUACAAGACUAGAUGACCAAAUCUUUAUCAACAGAAAUCCAGGCGUACCUUCCGUCGUGAAGUUCCAUCCAUUUACUCCCUGUAUAGCAGUGGCUGAUAAAGACAGUAUAUGUUUUUGGGAUUGGGAGAAAGGAGAAAAGCUUGACUAUUUUCACAAUGGAAAUCCCCGGUACACAAGGAUUACUGCUAUGGAAUACCUGAAUGGGCAGGAUUUCUCUCUGCUCCUCUCAGCCACAGAUGAUGGGGCUAUCCGAGUUUGGAAGAACUUUGCAGAUUUGGAAAAGAAUCCUGAGAUGGUGACUGCAUGGCAAGGAUUAUCUGAUAUGCUACCGACCACCAGAGGUGCUGGAAUGGUGGUGGACUGGGAGCAGGAAACUGGUCUCUUAAUGACUUCUGGAGAUGUUCGCAUUAUUCGAAUCUGGGACACAGACCGAGAAAUGAAAGUACAGGACAUUCCAACUGGGGCAGACAGUUGUGUGACCAGUCUUUCCUGCGAUUCUAAUCGUUCCCUGAUUGUGGGUGGCCUUGGUGAUGGUUCAGUUCGUAUCUAUGACAAGAGAAUGGCUCCUAAUGAAUGCCGUGUAAUGACAUACAGGGAACAUACUGCAUGGGUAGUAAAAACUUAUUUACAGAAGUCCUCAGAAGGCAGUAUCAUCACUGUGAGUGUAAAUGGAGAUGUGCGGUUCUUUGACCCACGGAUGCCAGAGUCAUUGAAUGUUAUUCAGACUGUAAAAGGACUGACAGCGUUGGACUUCCAUCCCCAAGCUAAUCUGUUUGCUUGUGGCUCUAUGAACCAGUUCAUUGCUGUAUAUAAUGCAAGCGGAGAAGUGAUAAGCAAUAUUAAAUACUAUGACGGGUUUAUGGGGCAGAGGAUUGGAGCAAUUAGCUGUCUGGCUUUCCACCCAUAUUGGCCUCACUUAGCAGUUGGAAGCAAUGACUACUACAUGUCUAUAUAUUCAGCCGAGAAACGUAUCAGAUAACACAGAAUCACGCAGCCCUGCAUAUCCACUUUAUGGAGAUUCUGACUGUAUAGUCGGAUGCUGUAUAUUACUUCAAAUGUACAUAUCGAAUUAUUUACUUGAACGUCUGGUGACAGCUGCUGCAAGUCAUGACUUGAACAAAUUUUCCAUUAUAUAUUUCAGCUGCUGUAGCACAAUUCACGGCAGCAGCCACGAUUUGUCUUGUAAGAACAUGGCUGCCAAACUUUUAUUCGAAGACUUGUCUAAACCUUCAAAAUGUUUUUUUUCUCUUUUGUGAACUAGAUUUUAGAAUUCAGAUUAAUAUAAUUUACCAUGUAGUGACUGCCUCAGAUGGCCUAACAACUGUAUAUAAAUCACAAAUCCUCUCAGCUUCCUCAGUUAAAAAAAAUGUUGAAGACUGAUGGUUCACCACCCAUAUUACGUUACUAGUAGCUGCUCCGAAGGACUGUUAAAAAGCUCACAUCUUUAAUGUGGUGUUGCUUUUGUGAGCGUUAUUUUAUCCAUAGACUAUAGCAGGCCCACAGUAGGAAAAUCAUGUUAUUCUGAAAUAUUGUACAGGGUGUUCUUCCCAAUUUGUUUUUCUUUUGUGAUUUAAUUUUGCUCAAUAAUUGCUGGUUGUAAUAGGAAACUCCAAUCAACUCGUACAAAUAACCAAUGAUGGGACAAGAGACCUGAGCAGGACCUGAGUGAUACACUCUUAUCUGUUGUUGAAUGUAAAUGAAACCAUUAAAGGAACUGGAAACUGA